AUGAAGUGGCUUUCCGCAGCCCUCGCGCUCGUCGCGCCUGUUCAGGCCGGCCUUCGCUUCCCAUGCUCGACUUUGACCUUCCAGCGCCUUGACCCCGUCGUCCAGCCGGGCGCCGACCCGUCCGCUCAUGUCCACCACAUCGUCGGUGGAAACGCCUUCAACGCCACCAUGGAGGGGGAUGUUGGCGCGAGGGCCACGUGCACUACCUGCCAAAUGUCGGAGGACUUUUCCAACUACUGGACUGCCGUCUUGUACUUCAAGCAUCCUACCAACGGCUCCUACCACCGUGUGCCGGUUAUUCCUGUCCAGCCCCUAUUGGGAGGUUCGAAUGGUGCCCAAGGUGGAAUCACCGUCUACUAUACCCAGUUCGACUUGUCCAGGGACAACCUAGCGCAGCAACCGAUUAAAGCCUUCCCACCGGGUUUCCGUAUGACGGUGGGCAGCCCAGCCGCAAGCUCAAGCCCGCACGUCGGCCUACGUUACCAAUGUCUGCAAGGGCAAAACAGAGGUGCCGAGAUGCCCGACUUUCCCACCAAGCCAUGCUCCGGCGGCAUCUUCACUACCCACCACUUCCCCGCAUGCUGGGAUGGCAAGAACCUUGACAGCCCCGACCACCAGUCUCACGUGUACAACACUAUCCGAUCAGAUGGCUUCACAAAUGCCCCUGCCUGCCCGGCUUCUCACCCUAUCCGUGUCCCGCAGGUCACGUACGAGACCGUAUGGGAUACUACUAAGUUCAACAGCCUGUGGACAUCAGGGCCCAACCCAUAUGUGUGGAGCUUCGAGGGAACUAGUGGGUACGGCACCCACGCCGAUUACAUGUUCGGCUGGAAGGGCGAUGCGCUCCAGCGCGCUAUGGACAAGUCUGAGUGCUUCUACGACGGCUGCGGUUCUAUCACCAAGCAGCCCAUGGCCACCGCCAACCAGUGCACCGUCAAGCAGAUGGUCAUGGAGGAGACCGAUGGAUGGCUUAAGGAGCUCCCGGGUAUGUCGGAGAUGGCAAAGUCGGCCUAG